AUGAGUCUCGUGCGCUAUGCGGAGGGCCAUACGGGCCAAGGACACAAGUGUCCAUAUUGCCCUCGGAGAUUCCCUAUCCGAUACCGCUUGGUUGAGCAUUUACGAGCACAUACUAAUAAGCGGCCAUUUGCAUGCGCCAGUUGCGGCCUUGCGUAUAAGCAUCCUCAGAGUCUCCAGAAGCAUGCGAAGCGCUGUCUGCCUCCUGCUCAACUACCUCAUCAGCAGAACAUGACUCAGAAUACGCCAGUUACCUCUGACAUUAGUAUAUCUGAGUCUUUCCCUAUAUGCCAAGGCGACGAUUUGGCCUCUACAGUUGGCACGCCCAAUGAUAAUCUCGAUACAGGUUAUCCACCAAUGGCGACAGAAAACUUCCAAGGCUUUUACGGCUAUAGCCUACCGAUCCAAACCUGGCCAGCCGGGGCAUUCUUUUACACCAGCCCUUGGGACGAGAUUCUCCUUGCCCCUCCCAUUACUGUGACCACUCAGCAAGGCAUGCCAGGGGGCCAAGCAGAGAACCAAGAAGAGGAACACCUAGAGACAGUCUGCUUCAACACCUCAUGGGUCCGUAUCUAA